AUGCAGGCCAAUGAACACCCCGUCAACUUCGUCCGCCGCGUCUUCUCUCUCGUCUUCGAGGGCGACUCGCUCUCCAAAGCUGUGCGUGGCGUCCGAGACUUCUUCGCGUUCGAUUUCGUUCUUGACUCUGAUGGGCGCAGCCUCAACCGAUCUGACUUCGAGGCGACGCUCCUGGCCCAGCGAUCACGGAACCCGAAGUACCCGCCGCGCUUCCCGGUCGAGGACGCAAAGGUGAGCUGGAAGGUGCCCUGGCCAGAGUACUCGCCGGUGCCCUUCGUGGCCCCCUCGGUGCUCGCGGCCGAGCGGAGCGACACCAACCCGAACGGCUGGGCCGACAGCCCGCGGCCGAACCUCGCGGAGCUCAAGCACCGCCUCUCGUGCGAGGGCCCCCUCUUCUUCGACGCGGACCAGCGGCCAGUCAACCCGCGCGGCCGCACCGGCGUGUGCGGGCGGGGCAUGCUCGGCAAGUGGGGGCCCAACCGGGCCGCCGACCCGAUCGUGACGCGCUGGAAGCCCGGCGACAAGCGGAAGCUGCAGAUUGUCGCCAUCCAGCGCGGCGACACGGGCGUCUGGGCGCUGCCGGGCGGGAUGGUGGACGCGGGCGAGGUUGUGUCGGUGACGGUGCGGCGCGAGUUCGCCGAGGAGGCGGGCAACAUGGCCUCCGACGCCGAGCGCGCCGCCUUCAACGCGGCCGUCGACGAGCUGUUUGCCACGGCGAG